AUGUACACCAUAGCGUUUAACGAGCCGGUUGUCCUCCUGCCCCUCGAGAGCGGGAUUCUGCCUUUCCCGCUGAAACGCGACGUCAUCGAAACGCUCCCUCGGUUUGGGAGGCCAGAGUACGGAUCUGAAGGUGAGGGCGAACUAGCCACUCCCCUCGUUAGUAAGUCCGUGCGAAGGUUUUCCGACCGCCUCCGCGGAGUAUUUCGUCGUCGUAGUCACCAGCGCGGAGUCAAGGUCGUCUUCCCUGCCAAUGCCAACGACGCGGCCGAUGUCGACAGCGAGACUGCGCUAAUGUGGUUCACUAGCGCCGACAACUGGCGUCCUGGCUUGCUGCCUCUCGAGCAGGCUGCGCGUCGUGCGGACAUCGUAAGGAGGCCCGAGGCAUUCGAGCGCGUCUGA